CGGAGGCGCCGAGUCGGGGCGGUGACAGCCCGGGAGCGGCGGCAUGGCCGGGCCGGGCCCCCCCGGGCCCCGCCGGGGCUCGGCCAAGGGCUGGGGGCUCCGCCUCGCCCUCCUGGGGGUCCUGCUGGGGCUCCCCCCGCGGGGCCGGGCGGGGCCGGCAGGGCCACUGUCCCACGGAGAGCUGGUCACCCCACACUGGCUGCUGGGGGGCCGAGCCCGCAGAGCCGCCAGCCUGGAGGAGCAGGUGCCGGCGCCUGCCCGGGCAGAGGUGGCUGUGACGGCCGAGGGCAGAGAGCUGGUGCUGGUGCUGGAGAGGAACCAGCUGCUGGCCCCAGGGUACACAGAGACGCACUACAGCGAGCGGGGCCAGCCCGUGACCGUGACCCCCAACCGCACGGAGCACUGUCACUACCACGGACACGUCCGCGGCCACGGCGGCUCCUGGGUCGUGAUCAGCACCUGCUCGGGAAUACGGGGCCUCAUAGUGCUGAGCAGCAACACCAGCUACUACCUGAGACCCCUGGGGACCCCUGAGCCAGGUCUCCACCUCAUCCACCGAGCAGAGCACCUGCCCAUGCCAGGGGGCACCUGUGGGCACGGCCAGCACCUGGGGAGCACCGUGGCUGGCAUUGCCCAGCUCUUCCAGCCGCAGCACCCACGGGCCAAAAGAGAUGCCUGGAGGACCAUGAAGUACAUGGAGCUCUUCAUCGUUGCUGAUCACACCCUGUACAGGAACCAGAACCUCAACCUGGGCCACACCAAGCAGCGCAUCGUGGAGAUUGCCAACUACGUGGACAAGUUCUACAGGCUGCUGAACAUCAAGGUGGCCCUGAUUGGGCUGGAGGUAUGGACAGAGCGGGACCAGUGCACGGUGAGCAGCGACGCCAACGCCACGCUCUGGGCCUUCCUGCAGUGGAAGAAGUCGCUGAGGGCGCGCAAGAAGCACGACAACGCCCAGCUGCUGACGGGGAAGACCUUCGGGGGCACCACCAUCGGAAUGGCUCCACUGGAGGGGAUGUGCAGCGCCGACAACUCCGGAGGGGUCAGUGUGGACCACGCGGAGCAGCCCAUCGGAGCCGCGGCCACCAUGGCCCACGAGAUCGGCCACAACUUCGGCAUGGUCCACGACACCAAGGGCUGCUGCGUGGAGGCCACCCCGGAGCAGGGCGGCUGCGUCAUGGCAGCAGCCACGGGCCACCCCUUCCCUCGCGUGUUCAGCUCCUGCAGCAAGAGGCAGCUGGAGAAUUACUUCCAGAAGGGAGGGGGAAUGUGUCUCUUCAACCUGCCCGACACCAAGGACCUGGUGGUGGCACGGAAAUGUGGCAAUGGCUUCCGGGAGGAGGGAGAGGACUGUGACUGCGGGGAGGUGGAGGAAUGCACCAACCCCUGCUGCAACGCUCACAACUGCACGCUCAAGGAGGGGGCCCAGUGUGCCCACGGCGACUGCUGCCACAGCUGCAAGCUGAAGGCGGCCGGGACCCUGUGCAGGGAAGCCGCGGGAUCCUGCGACCUGCCCGAGUUCUGCACGGGCUCCUCUCCGUACUGCCCGGCCAACGUGUACCUGCUGGACGGCUCCGAGUGCGCGCACGGCCGCGCCUACUGCAGCACCGGCAUGUGCAUGACCCACCAGCAGCAGUGCGUGCAGCUCUGGGGGCCAGGAGCGUGGCCAGCGCCUGACGCCUGCUUCCAGGACGUGAACAUGGCUGGGAACACCUACGGCAACUGCGGCAAGGACAGCCAGGGCCGCUACGUCAAGUGUGACAAGAGGGAUGCCAUGUGCGGGAAGAUCCAGUGCCAGAGCUCUGCCAAGAAGCCCCAGGGCACCAACACGGUGUCCAUCGACACCACGAUCCGCUUCAAGGGCCGCGAGGUCAAGUGCCGCGGCACCUUCGUCUACAGCGCCAAGGACGACCAGGAGGACCUGUCCGACCCGGGGCUGGUGCUGACGGGCACCAAGUGUGGGGAUGGGAUGGUGUGCAAGGACCGCCGGUGCCAGAACGUGUCGCUGCUGGAGCUGGAGGCGUGCGUGUCGCGCUGCCACGGCCACGGGGUCUGCAACAGCAACAAGAACUGUCACUGUGACCCGGGCUGGGCCCCCCCGUUCUGCGAGGAGCCGGGUCUGGGGGGCAGCGUGGACAGUGGCCCCGUGCAGAGCCACGCCCACCAGCCCACCCUGAUCGCCCUGGUUGUCAUCUCGCUGUUCCUGCUGCCCGCCCUGGCUCUCAGCAUCUACUACUGGUACCAGCAGGAGAACUCCCGGCUGCACAGGUGGAUCCAGGAGACCAGGACCGGGGGCCACGGGGCCUGCAGCAGGAACAAAUCCAUCGGGAGGAAGGCGAGCAGUGUCCAGCCCAAAGCUGCUUUCACCCUGAGGGACAUUUCAGCCUCCAGCCACCCCACUAAGGGGCAGAUGUGGUUCAGCUGGAGCAGUGCUCCUGGAGAAGGUGCAGUUUCCUCUGAAGCUCCAGGGAUGAUGUGCAAAGGGCCCAGGCACCGCCCUCCUCCCCAAGCCCGGCUCUGCCCCGCCCGGCUCUCAGCCCAUCAAUGUCGUGCGCCCCCUUCGCCCCGCUCCCCACCCCAUCCCCCCCCGCCCCAGAGACCCCAAACCCGCCAGGCCCCCUCCCCCAGCCAGCAGAUCCCCCCUGGUGCCCCCCAAAGCCCAGGCCAAGCUCCCACCGCCGAGGAAACCUCUGCCCUGCAGCCCCCUGAGAACCCCUCAGGUGAGAGACCCUCAGGUGCCCCCGAAGCUCCCCGCCCCGCGCCGGCCGCUGCCGGGCUCUCCCCUCCUGGCCCAGGAGCUGCCCCCUGCCCACGGACAGACCCUGCUGGUCAUGGUCCCUCCCUCCAGCUCCAGGACGAGCGGCUCCAGCCGCCCCACGAGGCCGUUCAAACCAAUGCCACCUCAGAGGCCAGUCCCAGCCAUCAAAGUCCAAUCCACCUCCUUCUCAAAGAAGUGACAAUCCCAGGACACCUGCCCCCCUUGCUGAGCUGGCUCUCCUGAUUUGCACUGCUGUGGCCACAGGGCUCUCCCCUUCCUUGUUUAGCAACCCUUUUGAUACCAGAGGACUAUUUUUGUAAGGCAGAACUGUACUCAGCACUCAGACUGUGCUGCUGGGGGCGGGCAGGGGACACUGGCACCACGGCUGAGCCAGGGCUUGGCUGCAGGAGGGGUUUCCAUGACCCACCACAGCCCUGGAGCUGCCUCCUGGCCAGUUUCCCUCCCAGCUUUAGUUCCUUUGGACACUGCACAGGGGCUGGGACGGAGUGGCGGGGGAUGAACGUCCCCCCUGCUGGAAGAUGCUGGUGACAGAGUGAUGUCCUUGUAGCUACCUCCUCCUUCUCCUGCAGGCCUGGUGAGCCCCCCCAGCUCCAGAGACGCUGGCCACGACAGAAACGUGGUGCCCAGUCUGGCCUGGGCCCCGCAGUGCUGGGACUUUCCAGGUUCUCAGCUCCUCCUGACCUCCUGCACGAGGGAGGGGUGACACUGCUGGGGCCACCUGCACGGAGAAACUGUCUGGGAAUGAGUGAGUGCCCCAGGGCGGGUGGCAGCCCUUCCCGGGUGCUCCUGAGGGCUCUGAGCCUCCCAGCUCCUGUUCCCCACCACCCCGUGCCCCAGGAGCAGGAGCAGGGCGGCUCUGCCCGUCCCGGGGCUUGUCCCGAGCCCUGGCUGCAUUUCUCUGUGCCUCAGCCCCCCCGGGGGUGUUUCCUACCUCACAGGCUGUUGUGAGGUUUGACAAAGGGAUCCUUGGGAGGGUUUCCAGCCCUCCGUCCCAGGUGCUGUUGACCUGCACAGUUGGUGCCAUUUCCUGUGACUUGACCUGCGGCUCGAUCGGGGUCUGAAGUGACAACAAGGACUUUGUAAAGU